GAUUCAAAGCUCUGUUACAGCUGGAAAUACAUCAUAUAUGCCUUGGAAGGUAUUCUGACUAUUGUCAGGCGACUCAGAAGCGUUCCACCGGACGCAUGCUCGCGCCAAGACAUGUUCUGCGUGCGUGUUAUCCCCAAACACACACCCGGGCCCCAACGCCACCAAUAGUGUUCGCUAAGGUGCCCUAGGGUCCAUAUCAGCGGUUUGGGGGCCCUAGCCGCACACACGCCGCCCGCAGCACCCUCCCCGAGCCCGGCGAUGCUGACGAAACGUCGGGGGUACCUCGUCGGGGCCCUUCGCUGGGACGCCAACAGUGCUGGGCAACCUAAAACAGUAUACUAUAAGAUAUGUGCACAAUAGCGAGGGUUUAAAUGGGCCGACUGUGUUGAAAAUGCAGGUGGCCGAAACCGCGAUGGAUGCCGAAAUGGGGUUUGGCCAUGCACGCUUGUUUUGCACCGCUAACCAGCCAGGGCUUACAUUUAAGUUGCAUGUAAGUAAUAUCCACAGCGGCGUGACCAUACUCUGGCUGUGCGCGCCAGUCAACCGACUGGCCGAAAUUGGGCUGCCCGGGAAUUAGGCACCUGCCGAGCUAGUUCCAGCCUGCAAGUUGCGGAAGCUGGACUGGAAGACUCUUCACAUGAAAGUACAUUACUGUAAUGAAUGCUUAUCAACCUGUGAAGACCGACUGGGAGCUUUCGAGGCACUGAUGUCUUUUCCGCCUUGAAGGAGCAAUAGCAGCUGGUUCAGACAACAUGGAUCAAGCAUACAGUGCUGCUCGAACGCCUGGGCGUCAAACAGAGGAUAUGGAGUCGGAAGCAGCCAGGAGCAGGUUUCAGCUGCAGUCCGUGCUCGGCAAGGGCGCUUACGGCACUGUGUAUGCUGCCAUUGACACGGCCUCGGGGGAGCGUGUGGCCAUCAAGGUGAUCCCAGUCACAGAGCAGGACCGCGAGGAGUUCAAACAGAUCCAGCGCGAGGUGGCCUUCCUGGCAGACUGCAACCACCCAAAUGUCGUGAGAUACCUGGGCAGCUACCGGCUUUCUGGGGAGCUGUGGAUCGUGAUGGAGUACUGCGGCGGCGGCUCCGUGAGCGACCUGCUGUCGGCGGGGCGGGCGCCGCUGCCCGAGGAGCUCAUCGCGCACAUCUGCUGCGAGUCACUCAAGGGUUUGGCCUACCUGCACGGGCUGGGCAAGGUGCACCGCGACAUCAAGUGCGGCAACAUCCUGCUCACAAGCAGCGGCGACGUCAAGAUAGCGGACUUCGGCGUGUCGGCGCAGCUGACCAACACCAUGUCCAAGCGCCAGACCUUCAUCGGCACGCCGCACUGGAUGGCGCCAGAGGUCAUCCAGGAGAGCAGAUACGACGGCAAGGUGGAUGUGUGGGCUCUGGGCAUCAGCGCCAUUGAGAUGGCAGAGAUGACGCCGCCGCGCUGGAACGUGCACCCGCUGAGGGUCAUCUUCAUGAUCAGCCGCGACCCGCCGCCGCGACUGAGCCAGCCGGAGAAGUGGAGCCCCGUGUUUAUCGACUUUGUGUCGCAGGCGCUCAUAAAGGACCCCAAGCAGCGCCCCGCCGCGCGCUACCUGCUGCAGCACCGCUUCGCUGUGGCCCAGCGGCCGGGAGUUGCGGCGGGCCUGGCGCCGCUCAUACAGCGGGCCGCGCAGUACCUGCAGGACACGGCUGCGGCCGCCACGCAGCAGGCGCAGGCGGGUGCGCCCGAGCUCAAGGACCUGGCGGGGCUGGCCACGGGCCGCUUCUCGUGGCGGGGAGGGACAGUUCGCGCAGCGGCGGACAAGGGAGGUGGCGGCGGCGGGGCUGCGGCAGGGGCGGACCCGGCGGCGGCGACCAUGCUCGCACCUUCGCGCUUCCCGGGCAUGGCGGGUGGCGGCGGCGGCGCGGCGGCUGGGCCGCAGUCACCCCUGCCGGUGACGCCGGGGCCGCCCGCGGGAGGCGCCGUGCGCCGGAUAUCGUCCAGCGCCGGUUUUGACAACACGGUUGUCGUGAAAGAGGACUACGACUACGGUGGUACGGUUGUCGUUCAUGACGGGUACGGCACCGUUGUCGUACAUCCAGAGGCGCCCGCCGCCUCGGGUGGCGGCGCGGCUGCCGCCGCCGCCGGUGGUGGUGGUGGUGGUGGCGGCGGGGCAGGGGCACACUACGGCGGGCAUCCGCUGCUCCGCUCGCCAGCGACGCCUGCGGCGGCGGCGGCAGGAGCUGGCGGUGGCGGUGGCGGCGCAGAUUAUGGAAGUACGAUGGUUGUGGCGGGCGCCACACUUGUGGAGCGUUAUGGUACAGUGGCGGUACGGCAUUCGGACGACACGGUCGCGGCGCCGGAGGGCGGCGGCGGGGGCGGGGGCGGCGCGGAGCGGUCGGGUGGCAGCGACGGCGACGGCGGCGGCUACCUGGCAGCAGUGCGGGCGGCGGCGGCGGAGGCGCACCACCGGGACAAGCACGCGCGCGGCUCUGACAGCCCGGCCACCGCGGCGCCCGCCCCCGCGCUGAGCGAGAUGGAGCGGGUGCGGGAGCGGCUGCACGCCAUACACGACGGCGGCCUGGUGCUGCCGCUGCCCUUCCUCAAGGCCGAGCAGGCACAACCUCUCGCACUGCUCAACCCCUACGGAGCCGGACCCGUGCCUGUGGGGCUGGGGGGCUCGUCGGGGCCGGCGGGCCAAUCUGGCCAGGCGCAGGCGCGGCAGGGCGCGGGCCGCGGCGCUGCCGCCAGCAGCGCACGGCUUGGGCCGUCGACAGCGGCGGGUGUGUUGCCCACCAGCGGGUUCACAGCCCCCGUACCUGCUGAUACGCACGGUGUGGACCCGGAGGCGUACGGCGUCGUGCUGGAUCUGGUACGGCAGAGCGCCGCCGCCAUGGUGCACCAGCAGCGGGGCGAGAUGGGCGGCGGCGGCGGGGCGGACGCGGCGGCGGCCGCCGCCGCCAUCGACACGCUGCCACCCACGGUGCUCACGCAGCUGCUGUACCACUCCAGUAUUCAGAACCUGGCGCGCACGCUCGCCUACAACCGCCGCUGCCUGGCGCUGCUGCCGCUGGACCGAGGCGCGGCGGCGGAGCUGGCGGACAGCUGCGAGUCCCUGAGCGCGGCGCUGCAGUGCGUGCUGAGCUUGUAGGAGUGCCCAGGGUGUGGGGCCGUGAAAGCUCAGCGGUGUGGGCGGUGGUACACUGGCGUUCGGCGGUUGCGCGCAGGAGUGGUUGGUGCAGCGCAUGCUGCCAGCACGCGUUGGCUGUUUUAAAGAGCUCAGUCCGAGCGUCCAGUCAUGGCGUGUCGUAUCAACGUUCGCGUGAGAGGGGGGCACGGAUGUCCGAUGUGCAGACUAGGUGCAGCGGCCACACUGCUGCAACUUGUUAGCACCCGGUGAAUGGCUGCGGACCGUAGACUGGCAAGUGAUCAUCCAGGGUAAGGGCAGGUUUGCGCGACCAACCACACAAAGCGCAGACAUGUCCAGACAAGCAAAUUGGCGGGCGCAGGACAGGUCCUCACCUGUACGCCAACUGGUCUGAACACCAUCUUGACCCGUGUAUGCAUUAUGGCAACAGGUGGGGAAGGCCAACCUUCCGAUCGCGAACA